GCUUGGUGGUGUGCGUGCUGGCAGCGACGGCGCUGCGCUUCAGUGUUUUGUUUGACGUUCCAGCGAAGGGGUGCUUCGCGAGAAAUCACCACAAAGCAACACACAAAACAACGAGCCGCGCGUGUGUGUGCCUGUGUGCGUGCGUUGACAGAAAGAAACAGCCCGUGAAUUGAGAAAAGAAAUCGCGGUGCUGGCGAAUGGAAGCUGCGCUUCCCGUUGCGUCCCGUGAUUCACUGUGAGUUGGCGACCGUGGCACGCGCGAUGUUACACAGUCGGGCACGCCAGCGUUUGGGACAAAUUUAGCUGUUCGGCUGAAGGCUGUCUCCGUGAACCUCCGUCGAACUGUAUACCGCGGAACGGGUAUCGAAUGAGUCUUGUCUUGUGUGCAAAGGAAAGUGUGUCAGUUGCUCGGGUGCGGUAUAGUGCAGCAGCAGGUUCACGGUUCCGGUUUGAUAGUUGCCAAAGUGUGUGCCUUUGAUAACAGGUUAGCUUCGUGUUGGAACGUUUCCAGUCUGCAAGUGUGACUACAGUGUUGUGGCAUUCGAAGCGACCACAUUCUUCCCCGAACGAGAUGUGACGGAAUCUGCCGUCUCGCUAGCCUUCGAGAACGACGACUCCCCAAACCUUCCCCUUUCAGAAAAGCACUGCAAUGUCGUCGUCCGGUGCGACCAAGAGCAAGCCGAAGAAGACCAGCAAUCUGCGCAUACUGUGGAUACCGGGGCGCAAAAAGCACAACCGCAAGGGUUCGUACAGCACGACGAAGAAUGGGCUGCCGCAGACGUACGGGAUGCAGCCGCGCAAGAACGAAUCGUGGACGCUUGGCGGCACGAUGAAUCAUAGCAAAAUUAUAAAUGCAGAUCUGCACGAGAACAACCUGGACGUGGCGAGCAUCGUGACGACGGCGGCCACUGGCAGCGCGAUGGCCGCGAUGGUCAAAGCCAACGAACCGCCGACCGUUGAAGGGCAGCAGCAGCUUGAUCAGCAGCUAUCGAACGAACCCUGCCCAUCGACCAGUACCGGUAAGGGAGGGCAGCAGCAACCCGGCACGCCGCAGAUAGUGGUGGGCACGAUAGAGCUGAACAAUUUAAAUGGGGACGUUGCCAACCACAAGGAAAAGGAGAUCGGCACGAGCAACCAGUUCGAGACGCUCACCCUGAUCGACGAGGACGACGAGGAGGAACAGGAUCGGAACUGCUCGAACGCACACUCCUCCUCGUCGUUGCUUUCCUCCAACAACGACAAUCGGUCGGCGGAGGAAAACAACCUGCACAACGCGUCAACGCUCGCGAUCGGUGAGCAGCACCGCCGGCGCAGUCGUCGGCGUAGCAGUCAGAAGGAUCGCCGUAGCGCCGAGGACAUCGAUUCGAUCGAUCAAGCCGACAGCGCGGUCGAUGUGCGGCACGAUGAGGAAGAACCGAACGUGUUCGAUGAUGAGGUGCAGGAAGAGGAUCAGAAGCAGCAUCAGCAGCAGAAGGCGGGCUCCAAUCCCAAUCCAAGUGCUGCCGCUGUUCGCCGGCGCAAGAACCAACGGCAACGAUCGCGACAGCGAAGAUCACCGGCCCUGGCGCACCGGGAUCAGGUGGAUGGGGGGGAUGGCGAGGAACAGAAGGAACCGUACGAGAAGGCCGUCACCUGUCUGUACUGGUCGCUGGCGUGCUGGGAUUGUAACAUUUCUUAGGGCAGUUCGGGGCAGCUCUUGCCUUCUCAGGUUCUCCUCGAGCAUCGGGAGACACUUUAGUUUUAGAUAGGGUAGAGUGUAGGACAGCAGCAGCAAUGUGUUCACAUUGCACGGACAGCGUUUAAAGGUGACCCGAAUGCUCAAAGCGUGCACCGGAAGGGUUGCAAUCUUUAAAAAAAAACCGCUUCAGAUAGUGAUAGAGUGAGGAGGCGGAAAGCACAACUUAAGGCAGCUUUGGAAAAACGAGUUUCGCACCAAUGUGUGGGAGAAGUCUGGGUAGUAGUCAGCCGCUCAGCAUGAAGCAAUAUAUAGAAAUCUCAGUAUUUUUGCCUUUUUUACACACCUAAGCACGUAAAUGAGCGCAGAUUUAAGUUAUUUUUUGACAAAAUGUACACCACAACAAGGAACGUAUGUUUACGUUUUGGAGAAAAAAAAACUAAAAAAGAUCCAAUGACCGUAAUUUAUAACAAAUUUUAUACAAAAUUCUACAACUUUUGAAUCAUUUACCGGUUGGUGUAAAGGAAAGCAAAUUGUCAAAUUACUAGGAAACGAUGUAAAUUAUUCUGUGCAUCCCAUCCUCCCCACGGAAGAGUGUAAGUUUACACCGAAAAUGCACUAUUUAUGAAGGCAGUCAAUAAAUGUAGUGAUUAGAUUUUUGUAUAGAAACACAGCAACACAGCAAUAUUGGAACUGGAA